AUGUUAAUCAAUAACUUAAAGAAUUUCACAUUUUCAUCUGGAAAUCAAUUAAACUUUACAAUGAUUUCAAAAGAUUCAACUAUUUCAAUGAACAAUUCAAAUAUUAAAGAUUCAUUCAAUCAAAUCAGUGGUACAACAAAAGUUGUAAAACCUUUCUGGGCUGUCUGUAAAAUUUCACAAAAAGAAUAUCAAUUUAUUCUUUAUCUUUCAAAAGAAUAUCUGACUUAUUAUAAAUACGGUAUCCAAGUUGGAAAGACGUUUGCUAGAUCAUGCCCACUUAACUUGGAAUUUGUAAAACCAAUCACCACAGCAGUCUGUAAUAUGUCACCAUGGAUUUCUAGCACUUCUAAUAUUGUUAAAAUGGUCUCUGUGAUUGCUAAUACAUAUAAUUUGUGGUAUAAAGGUUGUGAACCCUAUCAAUUUGGGUUCUAUCUAUUUGAAGAGAAAUUAACAAAUAUAAUCAUACCUAAAUACGUAUCAAAUAUAAUCGAUAUGAUCAUAUCUUGGAGUUAA